AUGAACAGUAUACGACUUCUUGGUGUCCGCUCAUUCAAUGGCUCAACCACUCAAAUAAUACCUCGCCGUACCUUGGUUAAUACUGGUUCACGAGUCCGUGGGAUGCUCAGGGAUCCUGCUGAUUAUUUGGUGUCCUCCAGUGGACGUCGGUACCCUGAGAAUGCCACUGGAAUGGCCCCAAUCAUCUCUAACUUGAAGAACUACUUAUCCCAGAACUCUGUGGAAGGGAUCGAUGACAAAGUAUUGCUACAAGUCUUGACCCACAAGUCUUUUGCUCAUGGUAAAAAGCCAUUCAAUGAAAAAUUAUCUGUCUUUGGGGUCCAUUUGUUGAAAGAAAUCUCUGCAAUUCACUUGAUUGAAUCCGAAGCUUCUGAAGGCGCUUCUGUGGAGGGAUUGAAUGUUGAUGUUUUGGGUGGUACUUUAUCAAAGAGAUUGUUACACAAGAGUGUGCUUGCACAAUUUACCAGACUUAAUAUCCCAGGAAUUGAAAAGGAUAUAUUCUGGAGAAAUAGAAACUUAAUGAUCACCGAUCCAGCCGUUAAUGGUGAGAAUGUGGUAUUAUUCGAUACUAUUCUCGCCACCGUGGGCGCAGUUAACUUGAUAAAGGGUAAAGGAGUUGCCUCUGAUUUUAUUGGAAAAGCGAUUUUAUCAGGAGAGAAUUCAUUAGUCGAAUUGGCAAAGGCCACUAUAUCUAAACCUCAGGAGAAUAAGAGCGAAUAA